UCAGCCAGUUCAGAGUACAGUAGUAGAUAGACCGUCGAUACGUACUAACGUGUAUAUAAUUCUAGCAUUCACGAAAUGGAUCAAGUCAAGGGAGUCCUCAAACGAGCUGACGCUGUUUGUUUUGAUGUAGACUCAACAGUUAUUCAAGAAGAGGGCAUAGACGAGCUUUCCAAAUUUUGCGGAAAAGGCAGGGAGAUAUCAGAACUCACGGCCAAGGCUAUGGGAGGUUCAAUGACCUUCCAGGAGUCGCUCUCGCUUCGUCUGAACAUUCUCCAACCUUCCAUAGAUAAAAUAAAGGACUUCUUGCAGAAAAAGCCAGCCAAACUAUCACCAGGUAUCAAGGAAUUGGUGCAAAAGCUUAGGAGCAGAAAAAUAGAGGUCUACUUAGUCUCUGGAGGAUUCAGAUGUCUAAUCUCUCCAAUUGCUAAACAACUAGACAUCCCAGCAUCCAAUGUGUACUGCAACAAACUGAAAUUUUUCUUCGAUGGACAGUUUGCUGGGUUCGACGAAACACAGCCUACAUCCCGUAGUGGGGGUAAAGCUGAGGUGGUAAGAAUUCUGAAGGAGAAAUUCGGGUACCAGAAUUUGGUCAUGGUAGGUGAUGGUGCUACCGAUCUGGAAGCUUCUCCCCCAGCUGAUGCUUUCAUUGGUUAUGGUGGCAAUGUUGUCAGAGAGAGUGUGAAAAAGAACGCCAGAUGGUUUGUGACGGAUUUUCAGGAAAUUAUUCAAGUUUUGAAUUGAUUUCAUUGACAAUAGUUCUCUUUAUAUUGUUAAGUUUUUUAUUUUGAGUUUUAUCUUUAUUCGUUAUUCAUUCACUGAUUACUGUUUUUUCAUAUUUAUUUUUGUUAUAAAAUGUAUCAUUGUUUAUAAUUGUAUAUUUGGGGAUGGAAAUCUGGAAAACCUCUUUGUAUCCCAUAGUUAGUGUAAAUAAAUAAAUAAUAAUUUCAUAACUUA